AUGGAAUCUAAAACAAGUAUCCAUUCCUCCCAUUCUGCUCGGUUGGAGGAAAGAGUGAUUCAUGAAACUCUAUCUUACGAUGACAAAAAAGCCGGAAGCUUCUAUGACAAUGAAGAUGCUAUCGGUGGAAACACACCAGAUGAAUACACUGACGAAGACUCUCCUAUUGAAGAAGUCCGUGCUGUAGUGCCAAAUACGGAUGACCCCUCUUUACCUGUCUUUACCUUCCGUAUGUGGUCUCUUGGUAUGGUUUUCAGUUGUUUGCUUGCCUUUGUCAACCAGUUCUUUUGGUACAGACGUAAUGCCAUGACUCUCUCACCUCUGGUUGUUCAAUUGAUCUCCUUCCCCAUUGGUAAACUGAUGGAGCUGGUUAUUCCUAAAUCAAGAUUCUGGAACCCUGGGCCAUUUAACAUGAAGGAGCAUGUCUUGAUUACUGCCAUGGCCAAUUGUUGUUACAGUACUGCUUAUGCUGUUGAUAUCAUCACUAUUCAAAACUUGUGGUACGAUCAAGAUAUGGGUUGGGGUGGUGGUAUUCUCCUUAUCUGGACUACUCAACUCAUCGGUUUCGGUAUGGCUGGUGUCCUCAGACCCUAUCUCGUCUAUCCUAGCUCCAUGAUCUGGCCUGCUAAUCUCGCCAACAUCUCCUUGUUCAGAUCGUUCCACAUCUCUGACGGUGAAUGGACUGGCAUCUCACGUUACAGAUACUUUAUGUACAGUUUCGCCGCCAUGUUUGUGUACUACUGGCUCCCAGGUUACUUUUUCCAAGUCUUGACCUUCUUCUCAUGGGUCUGCUGGAUCAAGCCCUCAAACCGUGUUCUCUCUCAACUUACUGGUGGUCUUGAUGGCCUUGGUAUGUUUGCCAUCUCCUUUGACUGGUCUACUAUCGUCUCGUUUCUUGGAAGUCCUUUGGUUGUACCUUGGUAUGCUAUUGCCAACAUUGCCGUUGGUGCUGCUCUUGUCUCUUGGGUCAUUGUUCCCGCUCUCUACUAUGGUAAUGUUUGGGAUGCUCAAAAGUUCCCCAUCAUUACGUCUGCUUUGUUCACCAAGGAUGGUGGAGCUUGGAAUAACACUAUCGUCAUGAAUGCUGACAAGACUUUGAAUGCCGAGGUUUACGAAGAAUAUGGCCCUCUUUAUAUGACUAGUUUCUUUGCUUUUACCUACGGUAUCAUGUUUGCUGGUGUUACCAGUAUUUUGUCUCACACCUUCUUGUUCCACGGUAAAGACAUUGUCAAGCAGUUCAAGCGUGCUCGUACUGAUGAUGAGGAUAUCCAUCGCAAGUUGAUGCGUGCCUACCCUGAAGUGCCUCUGUGGUGGUAUCUCGCCAUCUUCUUUGGCUCAUUUGCUGCUUCCUUUGGUGUUAUCUAUGGAUGGCCCGAGAUUAAGCUCCCCUGGUGGGGCCUCAUUCUUGCUAUUGCUAUUCCUGUCAUCUUUACUCUUCCCAUUGGUAUUAUUCAAGCUGUGACAAAUCAACAACCUGGUCUCAACAUCAUCACUGAACUUGUUAUUGGUUACGCUUUACCCGGUCAUCCUAUCGCCAAUGUCACCUUCAAGACAUAUGGUUACAUUUCAAUGGCCCAAUGCUUGACCUUUAUCAGUGAUUUGAAAUUGGGUCAUUAUACCAAAGUUCCUCCUAAGGCUAUGUUCUGGGCUCAAAUUGCUGGUACUGUAAUCGCUGGUGUGAUCAACUUGGCAACUGCUAAAUGGUUGAUGGCCACUGUUGAAAACAUCUGUACACCCGAAGCCUAUCCAUUCACUUGCCCUAGUGCUCAUACCUUCUACUCUGCUUCUAUCAUUUGGGGUACGAUUGGACCCGGCAGAAUGUUUGGAGGCAAUAGUCCUUAUAGUUCUAUGAACUGGUUCUUCCUCAUUGGUUUUAUCUUGCCCAUUCCCUUUUGGUUCUUGUCCAAGAAAUACCCAAAUAGCUUGUGGAAAUAUGUUCAUAUUCCCCUUAUUUUCAACGCCACUGGUAUGAUGCCUCCUGCCGUCCCUCUCAACUUUUCCAUGUGGUGCGCCACUGGUUUCGUCUUUAUGUUCUGGUUGCGUAAAUAUCGCCACAACUGGUGGAUCAAGUACAACUACCUUACUUCUGCAGCAUUCGAUUCUGGCUGUGCCAUCGCUGCUCUUAUCAUUUGGGGCGUUGUGCAGGGCUCUGGUUACACUCCUGACUGGUGGGGCAACGGAGGCUCUGAUAGUUUCGAUCACUGCCCUCUCUCUUCAGCCACUGGACUCGAGUAA